AUGGCUGACAGCAACCCCCUGGGCGGUAUCAUUUGUCCGCAUCAGGGGUUGACGCCGGAGGGUAGAGCAGGGGAGGGGAGGAGAGCAGUUGUGAGCAGGGAGGUGUGGGGGUGGCUGAAACGGUGGGCGGAGGAGGGGAGGAGGAGAGGAGAGGAGGAGAGGGUGAGAGAGGCCGAGGAGAGAGCACGGGAGGAGAGCGAGAGUGUGCAAGAGGGGGAUAAGAGUUUGAGGAAGGAGGAAAGUUUGAGUGAAGGGGAGCAGUGUACGGGUAAGGAAGAGGGCAAGUCUCUAGCGAGCAAGGGAGCAGACACCAAGCAAGCAGCAAUCACAGAGGUCAAGGAAGAAAAGGAAGAACACGACGAGCCUGUUUCUGAAGCGCCCACAAAGCAAGAAGAGCCCACUGGGUAUCCGUACGCGCUCAUCCCCUCCUCCUGGGUCGCUCUCUGGCGCUCCUCCCUCUCCGCCUCCCCUUUUGCCGCCAAGUCCGCAGCUGCAGUUGCUUCCGGGUGUGACGGAGGGACUGUUGCAACAGCAGGGGCAGCGGCAGGGUGUGGAGGAAUGGCAGCAGCAUGCCAGCAGUCUCCUCCCAGUCUGGAUGGGGCACUGAGGGCUGUGCGUUGUCAGCAGCAUGGGGGGCUGGUUGCGGCGCUGCCGUGUUCUCCCAGUUUGGAUGGGGCACUGAGGGCCGUGCGGCACAAGCAGCAUGGGGGGCUGGUUGCGGCGCUGCCAGUACUGGUUAGCAGCAGGAAGGGCGAGCUGCUUCAGGCAAACUCAGAGUCUGAACCCUUCACUAUAGUCACGCGGUCCGAAUGGGACGAGCUGAGCAGCCAGUGGGGCGGCACGGCCGGCUCUGCCAUCCGCGCGCGAAUCAAAUCCAAUCCUCCCUCCAACAACCAUGCUCCUGAUUCCAAAUCCUCAGAGAGUCAUAAAUCCGCCUCACAUAGUCAGAAAUCCGCUGUGGGGAAGAACCAAAAUCACCCCUCUGUUACUGUGGGGAAGAGCAGAAGAGACCAAUCCUUCCCCACCCCAUACUGCCUAGAAACCAUCCCUUCUUUGUGUCACAUCUGCUACAAGAACCCAGAGGAGAUCGCAGAGGAGGAGAGGGCUAUGAGGGAGGAGUUACAGAGGGGGGAUUACAGGGAGGAGGAGAUAGUGGUUGAGCUAGUGAGGGGGUCUGAACCUCCCCCCUCUGUUGUUGCUUCCACCACGGAGGAAAUUACUGAUUUAGAGGACCAUGAGGGCUUGACGAUGGUGCAAGCUGGAGUGUUUGCGGGUGCCCGGCUUUGGGUGGUGGAUACUAAAUUGCACAAGGACAGGGACAUUGCAGAGGAGCUUCCAGUUGUGGAUGACACACAGAAGGAGGAGGCGGGCUUUAAGGGCACUGGCCUGGCUGGUGGUUUCCCAGUGACUAGUUUUACUGUUGCAGAUGCACCUAAAGUAGCAGCAGAUGCAUCAACAGUAGCAGCCGAAGACGUUAAGUCGGGUGCAGAUGAUGCUGCCGAUGGUCCAGUAGUCCUCUAG